CUCCCUCCCCUCUCUCUCUCUUUACAUUGUACACAGAUCUGACCCAACAAGGUGUCCUGCAUUUACCGUAUAUUUUUGCUCCAUAAGACACACUUGGGAGGAAAAUGUCUGUGCAUCUUAUGGAGCGGCAGGCCCAGUAUUCCCGCCGCCGUUGUAUGUCCGCAUCUCUGGCCAUCUCCUGUACUGUGUCUGUCCGCAGUCUCUGGUCAUCUCCUGUACUGUGUCCGCAGUCUCUGGUCCUCUCCUGUACUGUGUCCGCAGUCUCUGGUCAUCUCCUGUACUGUGUCCGCAGUCUCUGGUCAUCUCCUGUACUGUGUCCGCAGUCUCUGGUCAUCUCCUGUACUGUGUCCGCAGUCUCUGGUCAUCUCCUGUAUUGUGUUCGCAGUCUCUGGUCAUCUAUUGUAGUAGGUCUGCAGUCUCUGGUCAUCUCCUGUAGUAGGUCUGCAGUCUCUGGUCAUCUCCUGUACUAUAUCUGCAGUCUCUGGUCAUCUCCUGUACUGUGUCCGCAGUCUCUGGUCAUCUCCUUGCACUGUGUCCGCAGUCUCUGGCCAUCUCCUGUACUGUGUCUGUCCGCAGUCUCUGGUCAUCUCCUGUACUGUGUCCGCAGUCUCUGGUCAUCUCCUGUACUGUGUCCGCAGUCUCUGGUCAUCUCCUGUACUGUGUCCGCAGUCUCUGGUCAUCUCCUGUACUGUGUCCGCAGUCUCUGGUCAUCUCCUGUACUGUGUCCGCAGUCUCUGGUCAUCUCUUGUACUGUGUCCGCAGUCUCUGGUCAUCUCCUGUACUAUGUCCGCAGUCUCUGGUCUUCUCAUGUAGUAUGUCCGCAGUCUCUGGUC